GACCUGAAGAAGCCUCUGGCUGAACAGCUAAAGGGUUUGCAGCUCAUUUUGAGCAUCUUGUGCAGCAUUAUUAUUUUUUUAAAUAGCUUCAGGGCUCCAGAACAAAGCUAAGUUCAAGUUAAUCCUAAACUAAAAUUUGACGUCGCUUUGUCAUGAUUUACGUUCACACCACCGCAGGUCCCAGGUUGCAGCUUUACACACCGACCUCCCGCAGCAGCGAGUCCCCGCAGGCUGCUCGGACCUGCAGGGACUACGGACCCUGGACUCGUGGAUGGAGGAGCUGAGGGAAGGAAACUCCCCCUGGAGGCGUUUCUCUCGGGUUUAAGAAGCAACGCCGUUAAUGAACGGAGCCGUUCCUGCGUUUCACCCCGACGGUGAAGAGCCUCUCGGUUGGAAUUACUCCGCCAGGAUUUUACCGUUAACUAGACCCUGUGUACGGAUGGGCACAAACCCAGUGUGGUAGAAACUGUGCUGCAGAUAUGAUUCUGUUGGAUGAAAUUUAAAGCAGUCCUGGAAAGUCAUCAGCUGGUGGUUUUACGGUCCGGGGACAGACUCCAGCUUCGGGCGGACCGAGCAGCCGCCCAGACCUCCGCUGCUGUCGGGUUCAGCAUCUUGUCCAGUUUAGGUCUUUGCAGAAGUAGAAGUUGGACACUGGGACCACGCAUGCACGCCUGAAAGUCACAAUAAGCUGAUGCAUUAGGACACCAUGGGACCCCCACACUGCAUCUCCUCCUCCUGCUGCUGGUUCAGUUCCCCACAGGCCGGUCCAGACCAGCCACGGAAGACCUAGACACAGAUGCAGUGACGUCAUCUGAAGAUGAAGAAGACGAUGAGUCAUCCUCAGAGGAAAACAAACUGUCUAAUGAGCUGUCCACCAGCAACGAGAAGCUCCAACCGAUGACGCCGCAGUGGGUGGUGCCAGGGAAGAUGGAGAAGCAGCUCCUCGUGGUUCCCGCCAGCAAGACAGUCAGGUUUCGUUGCCAAGCAACCGGAAACCCUGUUCCCACCCUGCGCUGGUACAAGAACGACAAAGAGGUCCGGAAAGACCAGCGAAUCGGCGGGUUUAAGAUUCGAGACCACACGUGGACGCUGAUAAUGGAGUCAGUGGUUCCCUCUGAUAAAGGCAACUACACCUGUGUGGUGGAGAAUGAACAUGGGAGCCUCAGACACACCUACCUGCUGGAUGUGCUCGAGCGUUCUCCUCACCGGCCCAUCCUGCAGGCCGGGCCGCUGGCCAAUCAGACUGCAGUUGUGGGCAGCGACGUGCAGUUUGUGUGCCGAGUGUUCAGCGACACGCAGCCUCACAUCCAGUGGCUCAAACACAUCGUCGUCAACGGCAGCAGAGUGUCACCGGACGGAUCCCCCUACAUCCAGAUUCUCAAGACUUCAGGUUUGGACACCACAGAAGAAGAAGUGGAGGUUCUGACUCUGAGGAAUGUAACUCUGGAGGAUGCGGGACAGUACACCUGCCUGGCGGAGAACUCCUUCGGUGUGUCCUACCACUCUGCGUGGCUCACCGUCCUUGAUGACCUGCCGCCGUCCCCGCUACCUUCACCCACCUACCUGGAGAUCUUCAUCUACUGCUUCGGCUUUUCCAUCAUCUUCAUCCUCACUGUCACAGCCAUCAUCUGCAGGCUCUGCUGUACCUCGAAGAAGAGCGACUACCACAAGCAACUGGCAGUCCAGACGUUAGCUAAGAGCAUUCCUCUGAAGAGACAGGUGUCGGGCGAGUCUUCGUCCUCCCUGCAGUCCGGGAUGUGUUUGACGCGUCAGUCUCGUCUCUCCAGCGCAGCUACCACCAUCCUGGUGGGAGUGUCGGAGUACGAACUUCCCUACGAUCCCGUUUGGGAACUGCCACGUGACCGGCUGACUCUGGGGAAGCCGCUGGGUGAAGGCUGCUUCGGUCAGGUGGUGCUGGCCGAGGCUGUCGGGAUUGACAAAAAUAAACCCACACGUCUCACCAAGGUGGCUGUGAAGAUGCUGAAAGCUGACGCCACAGAGAAGGACCUGUCUGACCUCAUCUCUGAAAUGGAGAUGAUGAAGAUGAUCGGCAAACACAAGAACAUCAUCAACCUGCUGGGCGCCUGCACUCAGGACGGCCCGCUGUACGUGGUGGUGGAGUACGCCUCGCAGGGGAAUCUGAGGGAGUAUCUGCGCUCUCACCGGUCGGCCGGGUUGGAGUACUGGAGUGGGUCACGGCAGACUUUGCUAGGCAGCGUGGAGAUCAGGGACCUGGUGUCUGCUGCGUACCAGGUGGCCAGAGGGAUGGCGUACCUUGCUUCAAAGAAGUGUAUCCACAGAGACCUGGCAGCCAGGAACGUGCUGGUCACCGAAGACAACGUGAUGAAGAUCGCUGAUUUUGGUCUGGCCCGAGACAUCCACCACAUCGACUACUACAAGAAGACCACCAACGGCCGUUUGCCAGUGAAGUGGAUGGCUCCUGAAGCUCUGUUUGAUCGCAUCUAUACACACCAAAGUGAUGUAUGGUCGUUUGGAGUCUUGCUGUGGGAGAUUUUCACCCUCGGGGGGUCUCCUUACCCCGGCGUCCCCGUGGAGGAGCUCUUCAAGCUGCUGAAGGAGGGACACCGCAUGGAAAAACCCUCAGCGUGCACCCAGGAGCUGUAUCUGAUGAUGAGAGAGUGCUGGCAUCCCGUUCCAUCGCGCAGACCGACGUUCCAGCAGCUGGUGGAGGACUUGGAUCGGACUCUGUCCCUCAUGGCCAACCAGGAGUACCUGGACCUGUCCGUCCCUCUGGUCCAGUACUCCCCGGUCAGAGGCUCUGCCUCUGCUCAUUCCUGCACCUCCACAUAGUCGCCAUAGGAACAUUCUCCCUUCCUGUUUCACCCUCAUCCCAUUUCCUGUGCGGCCCCAGCGGCCCCAGACGAGGCUGCCAGGUGGAGGAAGAGGAGGAGCUCAGAUGAGCUGCUUCACUGCAGCCUGAUGUGAAGAACAUCUGGGCUGAACUGGACUGAGCUGGACUUCCUCUGGAAACACCUCAUCUCACCAGUAAAAGCUGGAGAGACUGAGCAGGACUUUGUUUCCUGUGUGUUUAAAGAGACGUUUGUGUGAAUAUUGUAAAUAUUUUCAGUUUUAUUACAGAAACAUGAAGCGCAAGGGAUGAAACUAGAGAAUAAACACACAUCCAAAUAUAGAAAUAAAUCUUUAAUAUGCUUUAGUUUUCUGUCCUUCCACUGCCUCCAGAAAUAACUCAUUAACACAUUCAGGAUUCAGUCAUUUUCCUUUGAUUUAUUCUUGUUUUUCCUGUAUUGCACGUUUGAGAUGUGACAUGUUAGUUUAUCUACUACGAUGCACUCACCCCCCAGCAGACUGCAGCUGUUAUACAACCUGCUUUCAGCUCAAUGUGUAAAAUAAAUGAUUAACUAUAUUAAAACAGU